AUGCGGCCGCUAUUGAUCAGUUCUAAAUCAGGCUGCGGUGAGCCCUCUGGCUUUACAAACGAUCGACAGCAUCCGGUGCCGCUCAGCUUGUCGCCAAAUAUUUCCCUUCACCAGAUCAGGACCAACAAAGCGGUCCUUGACCAACAACGGGAUAGUGAGCCCUUGGAGGCUUGCCUCAAGUCGCUCACUCUCCUUGGAAAUUCAAAUAGUAUUUAUAAAGAUAAAACCCAACCUGAAGGCCGCUGCGAAUAUCAGGAACAGAUCGGUGGCGGCAUCAAGAUUACCGACUUCCGAUUCGGCAUCAGGUUCCUGAAGUACGCUUUUGGUGGUCAGCCCUUCUGGAUCAAACUGUACCUUGCUCAGGAAGGUGUUCAGACACCCAUCACAGACUUGAUCGCAGAAGUGUAUAACUUCAGUCAGAGACCAGAGCUAGAUGGCUCAAUUGUCUGUGGAAAUUGCAAAAUUGGUCAGACAGUCAAGACCAAGUCUACUGGGUAUAUUCCAAUCACACCAGUUCUUUAUAAACUGUUGAAGGCUGGUCAGAAGUUAAAAACACUCACCCGUGAUGUGCACGGCAAGGAACUACCACGUUAUGAGGUUGAAAAGCUCGACCUGGAGAUAAUCGGAAGUAGCAACGACACGAAGUUCUUCGAAAAUCCUGCUCUACCACCGGAAUUUGAUAAUUUUAAGGAGGAACACACGAUCAGCGGUGGUGCUGGCGGUGCCCUUGAUCCGGAGCUAAAGCAGCCAAUUAUCCCCCCCCCUUCACGUCCCGUGCGACUCAAGGCAAACCUUCCUCUUCACAGCAGCUUGGAAUUCCAAAAACAGCUCAAACCUGACAGCGUCAUUCUCUUGGGAUCCAAUUAUGUCGACCUAUCCAAACCUGCAGUUGGCGUUGACAUGACUCAAAUUUCCAUCACGGAUGAUGCUGGAAAUACAGUUUUCCAUGUUUCAAUUCGGCGGGGCCAAGGUCAGAUUAUAUUCAAUGCCAAGGUCAAGGGUUCUUGGGGAGAAGAAGAACGUAUCAAUUUAGAUCAUCGCUUCCGAGCAGGUGAAGAAGGUGCAACAAUUUUGAUACAUGACCAAGGAGAUGGCUAUGAGGUAUGGAUUGAUUGGGUUCACGCUCUUUGGUUUGCCAAGAGAGUGAAGAAUGCCGUUCCUAAGGCGAUAUCCUAUGGUCUCGCUGAUGAGAACGGAACUGCUGUGCUCGCGGACGACAUUGAA